AUGAAAGAGGCAAAAGGAAAAAAUAAUAAGAGUCCAGUAGUUAGAUUAAAGGCCACAGUUAAAGAGUUCAAUUUUAGUAAAUUAAGAGCAGGUCAAGAUAAUGAAUUAGCAAAUUCUGGUGAAACAAUAUUCUUAGAUUUUCAAAGGAUGAAUUUUAUUAUUAACGGAAAAGAAAUAGAUAAAAAUCUUAUUAUUGCAUUUAAGGAAGGAGCUAAGCACCACAAAAGCGAACUUUUUAAUAGUGAUGAUAUAUAUAAGGACGAAAUAUUUAACAAAAAAGGAACAAGAGAAAUAGAUACGGAUCAUGGCAAAGCUUUUGUUGCUUCAGUACUCAAAGAUAUCGAGAAAGAGCUUGUAAAUAAUGCAUUGGGAGAGCUAUGGAAAAAUCACUGUGAAAAUCCCAAAACUUCCAAUCAUCAAAAAACCGAUUCAUAUAAGAAAGAAUUUGAAGAAUUUUACAAUGCUGGCCAACAUCUAUUACCAACAGAGAAAGAUGAAAACAAAGACUACCGUUCCUUUGCAAAAGAAGUUUUCAAGAAAAUAUUCAGAUACGCUGGGGCAGAAGUUCCAAGUAAUGCUAUUUUAGAAGAGCUAGUCACCAAUUGUAAUCAAGCAGGGUAUGAGUCUGCUCCAUUUAUACAAACUCAACUUGCACUUGGACAGUCGUUCAUAGUAGAAAAUCCUAAAAAAGUAAUAAAUAUUGAUUGUGCUAACCAAAAUAAUGUAAGAAUUAGAUCUGACAUGAGGCUACCAAUACUCUCUGUUAAAAAUCAAGUUAUGCAUGGUGAUAAGAUAUGUGAUCUGUCUAACUCAUUAGAAUUUACACUUGAGUCUCAAGAUGGUAAAGACUUUGUAACAUACAGAGAUGGUAAAUUGUCACUUACUAUUCCUAAAGAGUUAAAAAAUUAUAAAGAUAAUGGCAAGAGCUUGUUUGACAUUAUUGAAGAAUAUUUUCAGAAAUUCUGUGCAAAAUUAGGAUUUAAACCUGAAACAAAAAUACAAAUAGAGCAUAGCUUAGGUGCUCAAAGUAACUAUAUAAUGGAAUUAGGAUCUUUACCUUCUUUGAUAAAAGGUCAGUAUAUGACCUUUAAAAAGCUUAAUCUACAUUUAGUAUCAGAUUCAAGUGGUGAAACUGUUAUAUCAGUUGCAAAAUCAGCCCUGAAACACUUUCGUUCUAUAGAAACAAUCGAAUAUGUUUGGUCUUUUCUAAAAGGAGAAGAGCAGAUUGACAAAAUUCUGGAGGAAAUUAAUAAGAAAAGUGAUGAGCAUAAUUUUGUUAUAUGCACUAUUACUGAUGAUGAGCUAAAAAAAUAUCUAAAAGAUAACUGUAUAAAGUUGAAAAUUCCCUAUAGAGCAAUAUUAUCACAUAUUAUUAGAGAAAUUUCGUCCUAUCUUGAAAUUGAAAAAGACGAAAAGCUUGACUUGCAUGCUGAGAUAAAUAACGAAUAUUUUCAGCGCAUUGAGUCAAUAAACUACACUAUUAAUCAUGAGGAUGGGCAAAAUAUUCAAGAUGUUGAUAAAGCAGAUAUAAUUUUGGUUGGAGUUUCACGUACAUCAAAAUCUCCCACCAGUACGUAUUUAGCUUACCGGGGCUAUAAGGUUGCAAAUAUUCCUUUUAUUAGUGAGUUACCCUUUUAUGUCGACUUGGCAAAAUUAAAAAAUAAACUAACGAUAGGGGUAACAAUAGACGUAAGUAGGUUAAUAGAAAUACGCAAAAAUAGUCUUACUUCAAUUAACAACGAAGAUAAUAAUAUAUAUGCUAACCCUGAGAAAGUAGAAAAGGAAAUUAAAGAGGCAGAGGAACUAUUUAAGCAGAACAAAUGGCCAAUUAUUGAUGUCACGCAAAAGUCAAUCGAAGAAGUAUCAGCAACAAUUAUACAGUAUUUUAAUAAAAUGUGA